AAGUCACCUACAUCUUGGAUGCGCUGGGGGUAAGCAGAUAAACGUCAAAUUUUCAUUUUUGUGUGAACUAUCCCUUUAAAAAAUUAUAAUGGUUAUAUAAUGGUCAUCACAAAUGUUUAAAAGAUAUUUUUUUCAUGUUUCUCAGGAGCAUGAUUGCCAUCUGUUUUAGCUAGAUUACAAACAACCCUCCAUCAACCAAUCUGACCUCAGGAUCAUUUAGUCUAGAAUGUAUAUUAUGGAUUUAUAUUAAAGAACAUAUAUUUAUAAGGUCUAGUUAAACUUCUUCAUAUAUUCUUACCUGCUGAAGUAGCAGCACAUUGAGGUAUGCUGACAGUCCCUGAAUCACGCAGACUUGCUGCUUCACAAUCAAUUGAUCAAUAUUCUAUCCAUCUUUCUUUCUUUAUAUUCCAUGGAGUAAAUGAUUUGUAAAUAGCAAAUCUUGCUCUUUACAAUGCUGAAAGCAAAAACGCAUGUGCAGAGGCCUUGUUCACAUUUUAUUUACGUAGUUUUUAGCAGACUAAAAUGUCUUUCUAUCAUAAUAUGUGAUUAUGUUCAUGUUUGUGUGAAAACAUUUCACAUGGUUUGUCAGCUGCUUGAAAGGUUAGAUAAAAAUAAACAUUACUAAAUAAUAUAAAUAAUACAUUUGUAAUGAGGCAUGUAGUAAUAUUUACCAGCAAAGUAUCAUCUGAGAUUUAUCCAAUAUUGCUUAUUUACAUGCUAUUACAAAUAUUAAACGUGUUGUUACAUCACCUGCUUCAUUCUAAAGGUGUUUUUCUCAUUACAUGUGUUUAUUUUUGGACCAUUUCAAAUGUGGCGCAUUCAGUAUAACUUUACCCAUCUGGAGUGUUUUUUAUGUACGUCUGCACUGUAAAUGACUGUCUACCUACUGUUUAAACUUGAUGUUGUAAAUAAAAUACAUUUUGGAAUUUAUGUUUGUUAUUUUUAUUGUUAUACAAUAUUUGUUCCUUUAAAUCAAUUACAUUUUGUUUAAUUAAUCAGCUUUAAGUUUUUAAAACCCAUUAAUUUAGCUUAGUAUAUGUAUUUGUGUUCACCUUGUUGUUUGUCGUUCUCUGUUGCCAUGACAAUAGCCGCGUAGUGACGACGGUGUUUUACGUAACUGUGGUAUGAUUGCAGUUCAUCGCAGUGGCCGGAAGAGGGCAGCGUUAACAGGUACCACACAGCAACUGCAGCAUCCCGGAUGAGAGAGAAGUAGAGAGAGAGAGGUGAUUAGGAGAGAGAUGCUCCACUCAAAGCAUCACGCUGGAGCGAGAACGUUCAGUCAGCGGGUCUGCUGUGGAAGAGAGCGGACGGUGAGCGGCUGAACGAGGGAGGACUGAACCCGUGAUUCUCUAAGGUUUGGCACCAGAUGAAUGAACAAGGCAUUUCAAGGUCCUGAAAGCUGAUAUGAUUUCAUCAAGUGCAUUGCCCUGUUGAGAAGUAAACAAAUACAAUCUUGGAGUAGAAAUGGAAAAAAUGUGAGAUGAGGUUGUGGUUCUGCACUCCAUCCAAACUGCAAAAUUUGAAGGACUAGGUGAAGACAAGUGAGGGAACAAGACCUUUGAUGGAUCCAGGAUUACUGUGGAGCUUUUGAGAGAGAAGCUCAGACUGAUACAACAUGAAUGUGCAAGAAAAGAUACAAGCCGGUGAAGACAACCAACAAGGAGAAAUACAAAAUGACGACAAGCAGCCUUUGCUAGAAACUGAGGAAGACGCCAAUGCCAAUCAAAUAACCAAAGAGAAAAUUAAUUCAGAUAACCGAGAGCAUGGCAGCCCACUACCCCCUCUUGUAUCACAUUCUAAAGCCCAGGAGAGGAUCAUUAUCUGGGGAACGCAUGCUCAGAGUGAAGACCCUGAGCUGGAAGAGUUUGAACUGCUUGAGUGUCAAGAGCUAGAAACAUUUAUUGUGGAAGAAGAAGAGGUAGACAUGUUGAGUGAGAGAAGCAGAAAGGGAGAAAAGAACGUCUGUGACAGGACGUUGACAUCCACAGCUGUCUGCGCUACUGUUGGAUCCCCUUGGAAAGACCACAAUGAGAACCACAGUGUGGAUGGAGAUGCAAAUGAGAACUCACAGCCCCUUGAUCUCAGGACCUCUAGCUCUCGCUCUGGGGCAAACCGGACCCUGAGAGUAGCGCGAAGUGGUUCUGAAAGCAACGUUUUUUCAUCUUCUCUUUCUGCAGUGACCAGUCUCAGUGGAAGUUUAGCCAGUGCCCUGGACAGUGCAGGCCGCACACAGCCUCUCUCUUCCCAGUCCACCAAGUCUACCUCAGACAAAGGCAGGAACCAGCAACCAGCUACUACCGAGUCCUACAUCCUCUCAGAGAGAAACAGGGAGCUUUCCAGGGAUUUGGACCAAAACCAUAACUCUACUACACUGCCUCAGGAAUCACAAUAUGACCGAAGUAAGCUAAUCACUCAAAGUGGGGUGUAUCCUUCAAAUGGAGCAGUAAAAGUGCAAAAAUUCCAAAAGGAAGCAGACCAGAAUGGCAGAAAAAGGAUGUCAACCGAGGUGCAGAAAGGUAUGUUGAGGGUGCUACCUUCUUGUAGGCAACUAGUCCGCCCUCUUUCUACUGAAAAACGACUUACCUCAGGAUAUCCCAGCAUGGACACCCAGACAGACCAGCAACAAUCCCAAUCCGCUGAGACAAGUCACAGCCAUCAACAAGUGCUGCCAACUACAGAAGUCAACAGUAAGAACACAGGAUCAGAAAUGCUUCCCAACCAGACCUUUACACGAGAAGCCCAACUCUUGAAGAGGCAGAGCUCAGCAGAUCGUCCUGCAAGUCCCUCCAGCCUAGAAAGGAAGUCUCAUUUCAGUCGGCGGGCAUACAGCAGUCCGACUAGACCUUCGACACCUCCAUCCCCCAAGACCACAAGGUCUCCUCAAAGACAGCCACCAUCCUCACCCAUCAAGACUUUACCUUCUCGAGCUCCUCAGUUGGGUUAUGCUGGGUACAGCUCGGGCUUAAGAGCCCCAGUCAAAACAACUAUCAACACAAGCAUCCAUAAACCUCCUCCUACAAUGGAGGCUUCAAUGGAGACCUCCCCUCCAAGCAAGUGUCUGCCAAAACCGAAAAGUGUCCGACCCAAAAUCAUCACGUACAUUCGGAAGACCCCGCAGGUGAAACCCCAGUCUCUUGAGGGAACUUAUGAGGUGUCAUCCUUACCUACAAGACUCUCAACAUACAGCAGCACACAGGCCAAACCAGCGGUAGGAGAACAAAGAGAAGCCACUGUGCUGAGUGCCUCAAAUUUACUCUACGAUAAGUAUCGACAAGAGAUGCAGAAGGUUCGGUUCUUCUCUCCUGGACUCAUGGUGUCUGGGAUUAAGUCACCCAGCAACACCGUGCCCCAAAAAAUGGCUGGCCGAGCGGACAGCUUCUAUGGUUCUCUUAACAAGCCUCUAUCUACAGCUGUGGGCAGAUCUCCAGUCACCCUUGGAUCUCCUGUGGCUGGAGCUGAGGACCCUUCCGGACCCCCUAUGGGAGCACAGGAUACAGGGAGUCUUUUUCGUCCACCACGGGGCCUAAGACCCCAGCUUGGUGUGGGUGCUGUAAACAGGACUCCCUCUGCAGCUGCGAAGAACAGGAUGGUCCAAACAAGCCACCCAAAGUCACCAUUGACCCUUAGUCAACCAAUGCAGGCAGUAAACCCGACCACUCAAAACCCUCAGGAACCACAAGAUCAGAGAAAGCCGGUGGCGACUGGGUUAGCUGCUAAAUCCUUCCUGCCGAAGCCAGCUCAGUCUGGUCUCCGUCCUCCUGGUUACUCGCGCCUCCCGCCGGCUCGUCUGGCAGCCUUUGGGUUUGUUCGGAGCUCUAGUGUCUCCUCUGUGUCCAGUAACCACUCGACCGACAGCACACGGAGUGACCCCUGCCGACCCGCCUACCGUCCCAACAAUAUAAAUGAUGAGCCACCGUUUCACCGUGUCACCACGUCACCCCCUGAAGAAGGAUCCAGAGCACCCUGCCGCAGCACCCCUCAACCCCCCAACACUCCUGCACCCACACGCCGCUCCCUACUGCCCCCUCCUCGAAGCUCCCCCGUGGCAUCCCGUAAGGAAUUCCAGAAGAGUUCUGAUGCCACCCGUUCAUCUCUCUCUUCCCCUAAGAGACUCGCUGUAGUGUCUCCUAAACCACAGUCUCCAGUCCUUCAGAGGCAACAGAGGGUAACAGUGGCAGUCCGAGGCUCAAGCAUCCAGAUUUUGCCUCGUGCUGGCUCUCCGGGCCCAGAGAAGAAAGGAGAAGAAGAGCAGAAGAAAGAAAAAGAGCGAAAUGAAGCAGAGAGACAUGAGGAGUUGCAGCUCUUGCAAAGUCGCUGUGAAGAACAGGCCAGGCAACUACAGGCUCUUCACACAGAACUAAAGAAAACCAGCCUGGGUCUGGAGGUCUUUGUCAUCUGCACUCAGCACUUCUCCCUAAAGAGUGAAAGUGCUGAGGAGAAGGAGAGAGAGUUGACACAGGAACUCAGUCGGAUUCAGCAUGAAGUGGCCUUCAACGCAGCUCGCUGGGAGCGUCUUCAGAAGGAGAAGAGAGAGAUGGAGGAGUGUUUUGAGAGGGAGCUGAGAGAGUUACAGGUGCAGCAGGAGUCUGAACUCGUUACCUUAGAGGAGAGCUUGAGAUUACGGCACGCUUCAGACAGAGACCAUCUCAGAGCAGAGCACCAGUCAGAGGUGGAGGAGCUUCACACCCAGCACCAGGAACAGAUCGAAGAGUUGACUGCCAACCAUGAGGCUGCCCUUGAAGACCUAAAGACCAUGCACAACAUAACCAUGGCAACACUCCAGGAGGAGCAUGCCAGGACAAUGAGAGACUUAAGGAAAGCCCAUGAGCAGCAAAAAGCCAGUCUAGAAGAAGACUUUGACAAACUGCGCCUCUCGCUUCAGGACCAGGUGGACACUCUGACUUUCCAGAACCGAACUCUGAAAGACAAAGCCAAGCGUUUUGAAGAGGCCCUGAGGAAGAGCACUGAUGAACAAAUUGUGGAUGCAUUGGCCCCGUAUCAGCAUAUCGAGGAAGACCUAAAAAGUCUGAAGGAGGUUCUGGAGAUGAAGAACCAGCAAAUUCAUGACCAGGAGAAGAAGAUUUGUCAUUUGGAGAAAGUGCAGGCCCAAAAGAACCUGCACCUGGAGGAGCGGGUCCAGGUGCUUCAGCAGCAGAAUGAAGACCUGAUGGCCCGCAUCGACCGCCACCUCACAGUGUCAAGACAACUGUCUGAGGAGAACGCAAACCUUCAGGAAUAUGUGGAGAAGGAGACCAAUGAGAAGAAACGUCUGAGCCGCAAUAACGAAGAGCUGCUCUGGCUCCUCCAGACGAGUCCCCACCUGUCACCUUCCUCUUCUCCCAUCCACAGAGCCUUCUUCCCCGGCCCUGAUAUUCCCCCUUACCCUUACUCUCCAGGCCCUGGUACCCCCACACACUCCUGUUCUCCUGGCCACUGUACGCCCACUCACAAGGUGGCUUCUCCGGGACCAGGGACGCCCACUCUGAGAGGCUCACCAGCAGCACGCUCAUCCCCCGCACGGAUCCCAAACGCCAACACUUUACCCAGAUGAGCUGUCCUACUGAAUCUCGGCAGCCUCGCCCAUUUUCUCUUACUGUCCAUCGUGGACAACAGUGCUUUGUUUUGAUGUGCGAGCCAUGAUUUCCUUUAAAAAAAUGUCAAAUUUUAUUAAGAUUUUGACAAACACCAACUGCCAGACAGAGAUGAAACAGCCUCUGUUAUUUCCAUUUUUUUAAUUUGAGACACAAAAAAGUUUUUGCGUCUCAAAGGAUUGGACUCGUAGCAUCAGAAUGAAAGAGCUAAUGAUGCUAAUGCUAAUGAUGUGCUGCCAACAAUACUUGGCCUGCACGGAGGCAGAAUCAAUUUGUAUAUACAGAAGUAGCUCGGCUUUAGAUUUGACUCUAAAACAUGCUGAUGGACUCCAACACAAAUGUCUGUAGGUUCUCCUGAAUGACAUACGAGAACUUUAUACAACAAAAAGCACUUUAGGUUUCUGCCCUACCUUCUUCCUACAGAUAAAUGCACCAGCAUUUUUUGUGCUCUGGUUUAUUUUUUUAUGAGAUAUGUCUUCUGAUUUUACAAAUCUCCCAGUAUUUGAGUUUUGAUCCAGAAUGUUUCAAAUUAGUCAAGACGACAAAAUGUCAUUUUCUUAAUAUAUUUUUUUUUCUUUCAGUGAAAAUAUCAAAAUAUUCUUUAAAAAAUUACUUUAGAAAAUUAAAUAUAGGAUAUGACUAGUUUUGAGGCAAUUUUAUCUAUCUAUCUAUCUAUCUAUCUAUCUAUCUAUCUAUCUAUCUAUCUAUCUAUCUAUCUAUCUAUCUAUCUAUCUAUCUAUCUAUCUAUCUAUCACAGUUGGCUUUUUUAAAUU